AUGUCUGGGAGUAACACCAAAGAUGCCUCCGUAGUGGCUUCAGGAGGCGCGGCAACCCAUACACACCCAAAUCCCGCAUCAGCCAGGGCCUACGCUUCCGAAACCACACCUCUACUGGCAGUAUCAUCAGAAAACCCAGUCACCCAAGCCGACUCGGAAACACUAGAGAUCAACAAAAUUGGAACCGCAGCUACUACAGCAGGAGAGCAUGAUGAUGAAGAUGAAGACAAGCCUCUACCUGUGGGCCAGAUUAUGCUUCUGUGCUAUGCUAGACUCGUCGAGCCGAUUGCAUUCUUUUCCAUCUUUCCGUUCAUUCAACAGAUGAUUUUGGAGGUUGGAGGUGUUAGAGAAGAGGAUGUCGGAUUUUACAGUGGAUUGAUCAGAAGUGGCCCAAUCGUAGGACCGCGAAAUGCUGACAAGCGUGAUACAGNNGAAUCACUUUUCUCUCUUACCCAAAUGAUGUUUAUGAUCUCCUGGGGUCGUGUUUCGGAUCGAUAUGGUCGCAAGCCCGUUCUUGUGUACUCCGUUAUUGGUGUUUNNUCCAUCAUGACUUGCUUGUUCGGCUUCAGCAAGUCCAUGUGGCAGAUAAUCUUGUUCCGUUGUCUGGCCGGUGUAUUUUCUGGCACCAUCGUUACUGUCAGGACCAUGCUCUCAGAAAACUCGACCUACAAAACCCAAGCGCGAGCAUUUAGUUGGUUCGCAUUUUCUGGCAACAUGGGCAUCUUUCUAGGGCCUGUCAUUGGUGGUGCUCUAUCUUCUCCCGCAAGCCAAUAUCCGCGUCUCUUCGGGGGUGUCUGGUUUUUCGAAGAAUAUCCGUAUGCACUACCCAACAUUGUAGCCAGCAUGUUUGGCUUCAGUGCGGCUGUUAUCUCAGCUAUCUAUCUCAAAGAGACUCUGGAGUCAGCAACAGAUGAUAGCAAACCCGUCGAGCCACCCAUGUCGACCUGGCAAUUAGUAAGACAACCCGGUGUAUCCUUUACGCUAUUCCUCUGGUGCUUCGUCUCCCUCCAAGGCCUUGCCAACACUGCUGUCUUCCCUGUGUUCUGGUUCACCAGCAUCUCCAAGGGCGGCUAUGGCUUCGCACCUAUACAGAUUUCACUUAUCCUAGCCCUUGGAGGCAUCUCACAAGCGCUCUGGCUGCUUUUCAUCUUCCCACCAAUGCAAAGACGCUACGGAACCGGAGGCGUCUUACGCUUCAGCGGGUGGCUCUUCCCUUUGGGUAGCAUCUGUAACCCGCUGCUCCAAUUCAUGCUCAGAAACGGCGUCACAACACCUUUCUGGAUUCUCCUUCCCAUCACUACAAUCGUUGGUACUGGUGCAGCUAUGGCGUUUACUUGCGUACAGCUUUGCGUCAACAAUAUCUCACCCUCGCCCGCUAGUUUGGGAACGAUGAAUGGUCUGGCUCUGAGUAUGGUCGCUGGCAUUCGUGCUGUGGCGCCAGGAUUGUUUGCCAGUCUGUUCGCUACAGGCGUCAAGACGCAGAUUUUGGAUGGGUAUUUGGUUUGGUUCGUCAUGCUCAUCAUGACUUUGAUCUUGUUUGUGACGAUCAGAUAUUUGCCUGCGAAGGCUGAGNGGAGGAUUCCCAAGAGCGCUGAUGAAGAUGAUGCUUGA